CUUAAAAUAAGAGGGAGGCGCCCUAGUUGCCUUACAGGCAGAUUCAAAUACUACCCUCCAAUACCAACCCGUAUUUGAGGGGUCAAUGGAGCCUGGUAGCACGACCGACAUCACGGCCCUCUACUUUCUAUCUCUACAGAUUCCCAAUUCCAGAUAGCAAACUUAUUCUCUGUGUUAGAUCUGUUGGCUGCUAAUGAAGAAUGGCGCAAGUUGACCCGAAAUCAUCCGCUAAACAGAACGAAGUCACAGAGUAUAUGGUUCGAUCGCUUGACGGGUCGGCCCAUGAGUCUCUAUAUGCAACCCCUGGUUCUGGCAUAAUUUAUAGGGGCAGUGAGUGGAUAGUUGAGACUGCGGAAUCUGACUUCAACUACGAUGAGUUGUACGUUAGUUGCUUUGCCGCUCGCGAUGAGCUCAUCGAAGCAGCGAAUUCAUACUGCAAGAAGCGCAAGCUGCCCAAUUUAGACAUGGAAACAAAUGGAAGUUGGAGCACAGUUGAAACCUCACUUAUGGCAGCCUGUGAUGUGCUCGACGGGCUCGCGACUAGCGAGAAAACGCUUACCGGCAUCUCUGGAAGGUUGAAAAGGGCUUACUCGAAGCUCUGCGAAUACGCCGGGGUUGGCGCGACGCUUUGUGCUCUUGUGCCUGAAGAGUUCAUGUGUGCGGUGACACUGCGUGGAGGCCUCAAGAUGGUCUUCACGGCCCUCCAGCAAUCGCACAUGUACGGAGAAGAUGUCUACCGAGCAUUAGAAGAUAUACCGUUCAUCAUUAAUCAACAUGCACCGUAUAUCGACAUGUACCGCAAGAACAAGGACCUACACGCAUUCAACUCUUCGCUUCACGCAAGUAUCUUCCGACUGAUGAAACUCCUCUUGUCGUGGUUUUCGGAAUCGAGGGCUUUAACUACCUUGAAGAUGGGCUUCAACCCCAAACGCUUCCCAGAGAGACUGAAAGAGCACAUUGCUGACGUUAAGAUCGCCGAGAGUCGAUUCGAGAAGCAUGCGUCUCUCAUUCGAAAUAUGGAGACCCGCCAAUUCCAACAACAGACGGUCACAGAACUGCAGUUUCUUGAACACAAACUUUCGAAAAGUGGAUGGGAUAGAGAGAGAUAUGCAAGAGCCGGUGUGCUCGAGAGCGUAGGGUUGAUGCUCGAACAAACCUGGGAAGCAAUGCUGAAGACAGGCAGACACGGUACGCCUGAUCCGCGACAAGCAAUUCUGUAUGCGGACAGCGUUCGCGAACAAAUUUUGACGCAGUGCAAUUAUAAUCCGUCAGUUGUAGGAGAUGACUGCACAUCCUUGAUGAAAAUCCGUGGCCGCUUAUUGCGAGAUGAGUUGGACCAAGAACGCAUCACAGCACUUCUUGGAAACCCGCGUUUGCUUGCCUGGCUCGUACUCGACCAGCCCUCCAUAAUGUUGCUAGAAGGAGGCGCGGACCGUUCAGCAAACAAUGAGACGUCGUUUGUGGCCGCCAAAGUCAUACAGAGCGCCCUAGAAUUAUGUGAACAACCAAUCAAUGACGCAACUGUGAUACCUCUGGCUUUCUUCUGCGCGCGUCAUCAGCUGGACGAGUAUGGGAACGUAGCGCAGCUUGUGCUGAGCUUGUUCCUAACGCUAGUCGAUACUUACACGCAGUUUGAUGCUCAUACGCUGGAAAAAUGUCUGAAGAAAAUCAACAGGCAGGACCUUAAGAGUAUUUUCGACGCAUUUGAGAAGCUUAUUCUCAGUCUUCCUAGUAAGGUCAUUGUCUUGCUUGUCAUCGACGGUCUUCGACGCUUCUCUCAGCCCUCGAGCAGAGCUUAUGAGAUGGAUGAAGUAAUAUCAUGGCUUCUAAACCUUUACAGAAGGAGACCACAGGCGACAUUGAAGUUCUUGUUCACAAGCCCGUCAAGGUCUGAUCCUCUCUUUGAUUCACUUGCCGGGGACGAAAUCCUACGUAUUUCUCGGGAGUUGCCUCCACGUGGAGGACAUGGCGGUACCAAAUGGAAGGCCAAAAUCGAAUUUGGUGGGAUAUAAUUGCUGUCAAAGACGCGUCUAUUCGAACAAAGUGGAAAUGGAAUCAGCCCACGACAUCAGAUAUAUCUUGAG